AGUGCCGUCGUCAGAGCUCAUUCUAACCUCAGUGAAGAUGGCGGUGGUGGUGCGGAGUCUCCAAGACCAGCUUGAAAAGGCCAAGGAGAGCCUCAAGAAUGUCGACGAGAACAUCCGAAAACUCACUGGACGCGAUCCUAAUGAGUCAAGACCGGGCCAACUGAGACGGCUCAGCGGCCCCAUGGCGGCCGGCCCAGGUGGAGGUAGAGGCAGAGGGAGCAACCUGCUCAGGCGUGGUCUCUCGGACAUGGGAGGUGGAGCCCCCCCGGCAAAGCAGAGGGACAUCGAAGGGGCCCUGCUACGGCUGGCUGGGGACCAGAGAGCCAGGAGAGAUUCACGCCACGACAGCGACGCCGAGGACGAUGACGAUGUCAAAAAGCCGGCGCUGCAGUCGUCUGUGGUAGCUACCUCCAAGGAGCGGACACGCCGAGACCUCAUCCAAGACCAGACCAUGGACGAGAGGGGGAAACAGAGGAAUCGGCGUAUGUUUGGCCUGCUCAUGGGGACCCUGCAGAAGUUCAAGCAGGAAUCCAACGUUGCUACGGACAAGCAAAAGCGGCGUUGUGAGAUCGAACAAAAGCUGGAGGUGCAGGCAGAGGCUGAGAAGAAGAAGGUGGAGGGCGAGAGGAGAGAACUUUUUGAGGAGAGACGGGCCAAGCAGACUGAGCUGAAGCUACUGGAGCAGAAAGUGGAAUUGGCUCAGCUGCAAGAUGAGUGGAACAGCCACAACGUCCUUCUGGUGAAAUUCAUCCGCACCAAGGCUAAACCGCACAUCUUCUACAAGCCCGGGAAGGUGUGUUCCGCCACACAAAAGCUCCUCGACGAGUCCACCAAAAAUCUCAAUGUCGUGUUUGAGGAAAGGCGGGAGGCGUUUGCUGAGCACCUCAGCAAAAUGGAGGCACGCCCCCGGCGACAGAUAAACCGCGACACGGAUGCCGGCGCUAUGAAGAGGGACCAAUCGGCGGAGGGUAAGCCCGCAGGCCAGGUAGUCAAGGUGACAGGUAACCGGGGUGACUUGGAAAUGGAGGAGGAUGAGGAGGAAGAGGAGGAGGGGGUUGGGAAGGAUGCUGAGGGGAAUGGAAAGGGGAUGGACACAGAGCAGGUGAAAGGAGACCUUGAGGGAGGGGAGAUGGUAGAGAAGGGGGCGAGGGAGGGAGAGGAAGUUAUGGAGGUAACUGAGGAAGGGGAUAAAAACAGUGAAGAGGAGGAGUCUAAGGGUAAGGGUGGAACAAGAGGGGGGAAGGAGGAGGUGGAGGUAAGUCAAGACAAGGGAGGGGUGGUGAUGGAGGAGCAGAGGGCAGGGCAGGUGGAGGAGCAGGAGAAGGGGGAGAACAGUGAGGCUCAGGCAGAGAUAACCAAGGGCGCCACCACAGACCACCACAAGGAACCAAGCCCGGAGGCCCCGCCCUCUGACACCGUUUCACCCGGCGACGUCCCUGCCGCUAAGAGUGCCAACCGCCCACCCCCCGUUGCCUCCCAGCCGGCUGGAACAGCAGCCCAGACCCAGAGCAACAAACCUUCCCCGAGCCCACAGACCCACCAAACCCCUGACCCGCCCGCACAGGAGCAAGCUGCUGCCCCCGGGCCCGAUCCGGCCCAGAGCUCAGUCCCUGAAAUACAAGGGACCCAAGAUAAAACGGAGCCCCCGAAACCUCAAGAAACUCCCAGCGCAGAAGCUGCUCCCAGGCCAACGGAGAAAGCAGGAGAAAAGCGUGGCCGGUCCCGGAAGGAGAAAGCCAAGCGGAAGGACCGCGCCUCCUCCUCCGGUAGCUCCGGCUCCUCCAGUGGCUCCUCUUCUUCCUCCAGUGGCUCCAGCCACUCCUCGUCCUCCUCCUCGUCCUCCUCGUCCAGCAGCCGUGGGCGUGGCCGGGACAGCGGCAAGCGGCACCAGCGGCCGGUGGACCGCGAGAGGAAGAAGGGGGCUGAGAAGAGUUUUCACAAGCGGGGCUCGAGCGGCGGCGGGAAGAGGGAGUCAGCGAGCACCAAGGAGAAGAAGAGGAGGAGCGAUGGGGGUAGAAGUAGGUUGUCCCGGGGGGACAAGGACCCCAAGGACAGAGACAGGAAGGAUAAGAGGCACUAGGCCACACCUCUACAACCCUCCUGCCUGGCGGACGCAGUUUCUUUACAAAGCAGGCUUUUUUUCUUUUACAUGUAUGGCCUGUUGAAAUAAUGUGUGUGUGUGUGUGUGUGUUUGUGUGUGUGUGUGUGUGUGCGUGUGUGUCGCCACUGAGCCAUUAGUUCGAUAGCCGUAUCCUCUUGUAGUCCUUUGAGUGCGGGCAUCUUUCUUUUUUUUUUACUCUCGAAACGAUGUCAAAGAUGAGAUCUGUCUGGCUAAAUGUAUGAUGUGCAAAUUAGAUGUUUAACAACGUUUUCUUUUUGUACCGGUUAACAAUCAGCUUCAAAUAAAGUGAGAAUAUGUUUCAAUGUGUUGUGUCAUUCAGCCUUUACUACUUGGUAGGUUUAUUGUAACAUACCUUUUUUGUGAACCCUAGAAAAUAUCGCUGGAGAAUAACUAUUUUGUUAAAAUAGAAACUGCCUAUAAUGAGUCCCAAGAGAAGCAUAUCCAGGGGGACAGGAUUGAACCCUGUGGUGACUCAACUAGACAGGUCCCAGAAAAGACAGUUCUUUAUUGCUCAGCUUCUGACUUGUGUGUCACACCUUUGAGCUUUCACGUGUAGGGAUAGAGCUUUCCCGAUAGAGCGCAACAGUGACGCCCUCCAGGUCUGAUUCCGGAAGUAAAAUAGGGGAGAGCCGGGUCUAUUGAAGCAAUGGACAUAUUAAAGCACGGGACGACGCCUGACUGACCAACCCCGGGAAAUUUCGUGUAAUGACGUCCCACCGUUCAAAUGUUAUCCCCCGAACCUGUUUUCGAGAGCUCUAAGUAAAAUCCUUCCUGCAGUAGUUUUUUUUGUAAUCGUUUUUUGUUUCAUGUCAUAUGACUAUAAAACAGAUGAAUUAGUACUUAAACCUGUGCUAAGUUGUGCAAUGUCAGAGUUUUGAAGUUUAGAGGUAAAAAAGGUUUUAGGGUCAGUAGUCGCUGUCGGGACGAUUGAUACUUGUUUCAAACGCAACAGGUGUCAUGUUAUCCGGUUGACCUGGUAGUUUUUGUUAAAAAUAAAUAAAAGGAUGUUCAACUGUGUAUCCCUAAACAUGACUUAGGACAGGGAAAUAAGUAAAUUGAAUGCCAAUGUCGUCAUCCAAAAUAAGCAAGGUGAGUUUUAAUCGAAAUAUGCAUCUUGACAAUUACGCACAGGCCAAAAAUAUAUUUUGACCUAUUUAUAUUAUGCGGAAUUAUGUGAAAUUUUAGCAAUGACGAGUACACUAGUAUGUUGUCCGUUAUGUUGCAUAAAAACAAGAGUAAGGUCAAUAGUUUAUUUUUAAAAUAUGCUGUUUCAUUCUUCCCGCAUGUGUGUUUCAAACGGGGCGUUUGAAGCAAAUGUCAACUUACGUUCAAAGUUAAAAAAAAACAGCUCGAUCAUCCAACAUAUGUUAGUGGUGCUGAGAUGAUGCCUCAUGAAACGUCAAAGCCUCGCAGCCAGAUGAACCAUCAAAGUGGUUCGACCUCGAAGCUUCAAAUGAGUACGCUAGGGACACCUAGUGGUGAAUGAAAUUAUGAUGAAAAAGAGUUUCCUAUGAUGAUGUGAUGUUUGCUUCGUACAACAUCAAAACAUUUGAGAAUUAAAGUCAUUUCAGUGAUACGUGUGAGUGUGCCGUUCAUAAAUAUCUCCCGAACUCAAGGUAGAAAAACAUCAUUUGACAAAGAUUUUAAGUCAUCCCGGGCAAAAUAGAAUGUCUAAUAAUUGUAAUAAUAAAACAACUGCAUGAUGACUGAGAAUGAGUGUGAUUAAUUGCAUAGCGAUUCAAGUGAUCUUGGAACUGGGUAGUCUUCUUUUUGUAAAAAUGUGCCAAUUGUGAACCCAUAUCGCGGAACAGCCCGAGAUGAAGCCUCGAACGUCACACGCUACGUAAUUUCUAUGUGAAUGUGAAUCCUGCUCGACACGGAGCUUCGCUGGGGGAGGAGCCGAGGUAGGCCUGCUC